AUGUCGAAGACCACCGCCUCCGCUGCGUGGAUCACCCAGUUCGGUCUGCUGAUGUGGAAGAACUGGACCCUCUCCAAACGAGGGUACAAGAUCAUGAUCAUGCAGAUCCUGUCGCCGUUCUUCUUCAUCCUGGCCCUCUACGUCAUGAACGAGGUCCUUAGCAACACCUCUAAGGAAAACCUCUAUGAUGACCAACCCACUCCGGAGCCGGAGCGCGUGGGCCAGAUACCUCGGUGCAUUGUGGGCAGCAACAAGGAUCGUUGCUGGACGAUCGCCUACGCUCCACGGAGUACCAACAGCACGAGCAUAAUACGAGCAGACAGUGACUUACCAGAAGAUGAAGUGAUCGGGUUCGACACGGAGGACGAGCUGGACGACUUUGUCUACAACAACCCGAAUACCACUCAAGGAGGUUAUGUGUUCAAUGUCUCGCAAGUGGGCGGCAACACGGUCGUGGGCUUCACGCUGCUGACCAACCAGACGAGCCAGAUGCGCUACGGCAAGGUCAUCAAAUACGCCACCUACGUCCAAGUGCCGAUGAUGGUCGCCCUGCAGCGACAGCUCUUCAAGUACGCGACGAACAAUCCCGACUUUGUCUUCUCCGUGGAUGCCAUCGAAUUCGCUCGCCCCCCGCCCGAGACGCUCAACAUCAUCGGCAGGGCUGGAUCGACCUUCUUCUUCGGUUGCCUCAUGUUCAACUUCGUGAUGGCGCUGGUGCAAAUCAGCACAGAACGCGAACUGCGACUCCGUGCGACGCUCAACCUCAUGGGCCUGCGGGACUCGGUCUACUGGUCGACCUGGAUGAUCACCUACAUCUUCUUCGCGACGUGGACGGUGCUCCUGCUGUGCGCCUUCGGUGCCGCGUUCCAGUUCGAUUUCUUCCUGGACAACAACUUCGGGACCUACUUCAUCCUGCUCGAGCUGUUCGCCCUGUCGCUCGUCCCCCUGUCCUUCCUCACCUCCACCCUCCUCAAGAAGUCCAGCUCUGCCAUGUUCCUCUACGACGAUGACGCCGGUGGCGGCACCAUUAUUGGCCAGUACAUUCUCGCGUGGUUCUCGCCCGUGAUGCUGGCCAAGGGCCUCAACGACAUUGGCGAGGCCCAGCCGGGCUACUCCUUCGGCGACAUAAUCGACAACACCGACAAGUGGCCGCUCAUCCAGUUGUACAUUUGGCUGGUGCUGGACUUCUUCCUGUACCUCGGCCUGGCGCUGUGGUUCGACAACAUUCUGCCCAACGAGCACGGCGUGCGUCGGCCCUGGUACUACUUCGUGACGCCGUCGUACUGGACCGGCAAAGUGUCUGCGCGUGCGCCCCAGCCCCAUGACGACACCCCGCCGGACGAAACGGUGGACGAGGACGUGUACGCCGAGGAAAAGAACGUGCGGACGGACAACCUGCCGGAGUCGACGGCGGUGAAGAUUAUGAAUCUCAACAAGACCUACCCGGGCUGCAGGAAGAAGCUCGGUAAGAACAAGUGCACGCGGUGCUUCAUGAAGUCGUUCUGCUGUUGCUGCGGCAAACGUACGCCCUUCCAGGCCGUGUCCGACGUGUGGUACCACAUCGACUCCAACCACCUGUUCUGCCUGCUUGGACACAACGGUGCCGGAAAGACGACUACGAUCAACAUGCUGACGGGCCAGAUCAGCCCCACGCACGGCGAUGCGGAGAUCUACGGCUACUCGAUCCUCACCCACAUGGACAAGAUCCGGGAGAUGAUGGGCGUCUGCCCGCAGUUCGACGUCCUGUGGGCCGACCUCACCGGCCGCGAGCACCUCAUGCUGUUCGCCGGCAUGAAGGGCAUCCCGUGGAAGAAGCUCUCCCAGGAGGCCGACGACCGGCUCGGCGAGGUGAGCUUGACCAAGGCCAUGAACAGGCUCUCUUCGGGCUACAGCGGUGGAAUGAAGCGCCGCCUCUCCGUCGCUGUCGCGCUGGUGGGUGACCCCAAGGUCGUGUUCCUCGACGAGCCGACAACGGGCAUGGACCCCGUGUCGCGUCGCGAGGUGUGGGACAUCAUCGAGCGCGCCAAGAAGGGCCGCGUGGUCAUCCUCACCACCCACUCCAUGGAGGAGGCCGACACCCUUGCCGACACCAUCGCUAUCAUGGCCAAGGGUCAGCUGCAGUGUAUGGGCUCGGCUAUCCACUUGAAGAAGAAGUUCGGAGCCGGCUACCAAAUCACUGUGGCCGUCAAGAGGGAGUCGCGCGGAGCCGUCACCGAGUUCUUCGAGUCGCAAAUCGAAGGAGUCGUGAUGGAGGCCGACGGCGUGUCGGACUACCUCAACUUUGCCAUUCCGGCCGACAUCCAGGACCUCUCCAGCUUCCUCGCACUAUUGGAGACGAAGAAGAAGGAGCUGGGCAUCACCGACGUGCUGGUGUCGCUUACCACGCUCGAGGAGGUCUUCCUCCGUAUCACCGAAGAGGCCGAGAACAGGGGCGAGCAGGACGAUGAUGGCUCGGACGACGACAUCGAUGACGACGACGAUAUGCCAAUCUCCCCCAAGGCCGUCGAGAUGGACGUGCGAAAGGACAACAAGAAGCACAAGCAAGUCGAGCAGAGUGAUGACGACAACAGCGACUAA